AUGAAGCCCAGGUCGGACGACCUCUUUCUUCUUCUUUUCCGCGUCAUGUAUCUUUCCAUUUUCAUUGGGUAUACAUGCUUUACGAUUCUGGGCUUUGCGGCGAUCGGAACUGCUAUCGGUAUUGCGGCGACUGCUGUAGUCGCCGUAGGUUCGGAGAUCGCAUUCGUGCUUGCGAAACGGGAUGAAGCGGACCUACCCAUCACAAUUGCGCUUUCCUCGAACUACACCUCGCCCGUCACGUCCUACCCAUCGAUAUCCGUACAACUGGGCACGUUCGUCAUACACAACCGCACCAGUCCGACAUGCGACAAGGACGAUGAGACAACAAAGCCUGGGGCUUUCAAAGGCCAAAUGUGGCUUGAUAGCGCCCGUCAUAGUAUGGGCUGGUAA